AUGGAGCAUGGCGAGUUGCGGCUCGAGUUGCGGCUCGAUCAAGUGCUUCCGAAUCUUACGUUUUGCCGUCGCUCCGUAGAAGGCGUCGACCGGCUGCGAUGCGACGAGCUGCCUGCGCGGCAUCUUCAAGUCUCGUUCCGCACGGCGUCCGGUCUCUACGAGACACAGCUCUCGCGAGUGAGCCUUUGGGCUCAGGACGCACAGUUGCUCGUCAAUGAGGGCUGCCAGACUCAGACGAUGAUGCUUCCUUCGCUUCCCACUUUCCGAGGGCGCCUCCUUGAGAGCGUCGGCGUCGGAGGGCUGAGGCAGAGCGUGCCCGGUGGCGUGAGCGCCACCGCGCUGGGUCCCCAGCACGCGCUGCGCAUGCACAUUCACUCGUCCGAGGUUGACCUAAUCGUCGAGAGUGCAGACUCCUUUGAGCUCGGACGGUCGCUGCUGCCUGGGCAGUACAUCAUCUACCGUGCGGACGCGCGGACGGAGGUGACCGGCUCUGCGUCGGCCAACGCCACCGGCUGGGACGAGGCGCUUCACAGCAGCACCAAGCCGCUCCUUGGACGGGCCAUCCCUGACUCCCGCCGCCGCCGCCGGCUGGAGCACACAGGGCCGCCUCACGGGCGCAUGGCAGAUUGCCCGGUGGCGCCUGAAUUCUACACCACGAAGCUCGGCAUCAUCUCAGACUGGGGCUUCACGGCUGCUGCCGGGGGGAGGGACGCUGCGCUCAGGGAGAUUGCAUCCAUCAUCAGUAGUACCAAUCUCGUGUACCGCGACCAGGUCGGCAUCGAGUUCCAGCUGGGCACGGUGAUCAUCAACGUCGACGGCUGCGGCGACUUUGCCGACACGGGGCCCAAUUUUGCGCCCACCGUGCCGGGGCAGCGAAACCGGUGUGGCGCCGCGCUUGCGGACGCGUACACGCCAGUGCAGGGGCACCUUCUCUCCGGCGGCGAGACCAUCACGGUCGAGGCGCAGGGAGGCCCCAAGAAGAUGCUGCAGCGUAUGGCGUCGUGGCUCAACGUGGCGCCACCGUGCCCAGACUGCGGCCACUGGCACCUCCUCACAAACUGCUUCCCGCCCACCGGCACCAUUGGCAUCGCCUAUUGGGGGCGCACCUGCCAGACGCUCGAUGGCAACCGCGGCUACGUCUCGGAUUCCGGCACCCCGUGCGACAACACGUGCGACGUGCGCCUCCCCAACGGCAACGCGGCCGCCAUGUCCUUCUCCUACUCCGAGCGGUGCGGCCCCGAGGAGGACCCUGCCGCGUGUAUGGGCCCCGUCGCACUCACUUCAUGGUGGGGCAGCAAGACGUGGCGCACCUUCGCGCACGAGGUCGGACACUUAUUUGGCGCGGACCACACCUUCGACCAAGGAGGGCUGAUGAGCUACAACUACGAACACCACCGGUUCUACGACGACGGUCUGGUAUGUGAGAAUGUGAACAACGAGCUGGCCAGGCCAGGACAAACGUGCCUCGUCUCAGGCGAGUCCAUCUGCGGGGAUGGGUCGCUCAGCUACGGCGGCGAGGAGGGCUGCGACGAUGGCAACACGAUUAGCGGCGACGGCUGCGACGCAGCCUGUGGUCGUGAGUGCGGGUACACGUGCACCGAAGACGCGCGUCGCUCCUCGACGUGCAUGACUGACUGUGGCAAUGGCAUGAUUGACCUCAUAUCGCACGAGGAGUGUGACGACGACUCGCGGUGCUGCUCAGGUUGCCGGCUGGCAGUAGGGGCGCUAUGCUCAGGUGGUGAGUGUUGUAACGAUGACUGCACGCUGAAGAGUGCGAGGCACGUAUGCGACGGCGGCGCCGGCUGGUGCAACAGCGGCAAGUGUGAUCAAUCUAUGAGCCUCUGCUCCCGCUUCUCCUUUGGCGGCGCGUCGGUCUCCCUCGACACGAACGCAUGCCCUGUCGGAGCGGCGUCGCCAAACGACCCACGCGGGGCGUGCGCAAUGACGUGCAGGCGAGCCGACGGCUCCUGCCUCGACACGACCCACUUUCCAGCGACCAGAUUCGACUUGAGCCUCUACUUGCCAGAAGGGACCCACUGCACGCAUCCGAGCGGUGCCAGUGGCACUUGUAUAGUGACCUCUGAGGGCAGCCAGCGUGCUUGCGUGGUCGCACAAGGCACCGCCUGUGGGAAUGGCUUGAUAGACGACCGCGAAGAGUGCGACGACGACUCAGCCUGUUGCGACAGAGCGACCUGCAUGUUUGUGCCCGGGGCGGUGUGCUCCUCUGGGGAGUGCUGCAACGAGGACUGCUCCUUCAAGACAGCCUCUGCCCCUUGCGGCGGUGGAAGAGGGUACUGUCGCCGCGGCACGUGCCAGGUUUGGCAGAGCUUGUGCGGCUACAGGCUGGACUCCAGCACGGUCGAGGUGGACACGCUCACAUGCCCGAUUGGUUCCGCGGCAGAGGGCGACCCAGACGUGGCGUGCUCGCAACACUGCAAAUUCACCUCUGGAGGGAGAAUCGGACAAUGCGUCUCGGGAUUCGCUUACUUUGGCGCGAGCUUUGACGACAACAAGCGAACUUGCAUGCCUACUACCGAGCAAUGCUCCGCCGCCGGUCUCUCGCGGCCGUCCGCCAUCAUCUUUCGUCUCAACAGAGCAUGCUACCGCCUCGACCGGUACUACGACAGCUACUACGACCCCACCCGCACAGCACUGCAGUUUAGCAGCUCCAUCGAGGCAUGCCGUGGCUGGUGCACUCAGAUGGCCGAAUGCAGGGCCAUCAUCUUUCGUCUCAACAGAGCAUGCUACCGCCUCGACCGGUACUACGAAAGCCACUACGACCCCACCCGCACAGCACUGCAGCCGAUCCCCGGUUCCUCGCCCGGGCCCAACGACGGGAACCGUCCCGAGUUUAGCAGCUCCAUCGAGGCAUGCCGUGGCUGGUGCACUCAGAUGGCCGAAUGCAGAGCCAUCAUCUUUCGUCUCAACAGAGCAUGCUACCGCCUCGACCGGUACUACGAAAGCCACUACGACCCCACCCGCACAGCACUGCAGGUGAGCAACUACGUGGGUUGCACGGACGCACGGGGACGCAUGUCUACAUAG